AUGCGAGCAGAGAUCAUAGCCUUCCGAGAACAAGCCAGGAUCGAUCGGGAACAGCAAAUAAUCGAUAGGGAGACAAACCUCCUUUCACAACAGAGGCUGCAGGAGCUGGAAGAUGAAAACACUGCGCUUGCCCAGGCACUGGACCGUAGGCACCAGCAUAAUGAGGCACUCACCCAGGCCCUAGCUAGAGCAUCUCAGGUAACGACAGAGUUAAAUGUUGCCCCCGUCCCGGGUGUAACCGGCAUAGCGGUAGCCCCGUCCACAGGAGGCGGUAACCGAGUCAUCCAGGUACCGGUGGAUCUGUAUCCGGAGAGCCUGAGGCAUAUGCCACCACCACCUUUACCCCAGCUUAUUCAAAGUGACCCGCCGGUAACUGAUCCAAACACGGCGUUACUCUUACAAAUGAGCAACUCCUUGCAUGCCCUUCAUGCAAGAGUAGAGGCAGCAGAGAAUAGGGACACCUGGCGGCCCCUGACCACUUACGAGGACCGUCCAGGUCCUUUCACCCAACAGGUUAGAGGUAUCAUUCGAUCAGACAUAUCAAAGCCACUGAAGAUUGACUAUAUGGGAAGUGGGGACCCGUACCAGCACCUACAGGCUUUCUGCUCACAAACAAGCGCCAAGGGAUACAUGGAUGAGGUGUGUUGUAACAUGUUCCAGGAGACAUUAUCAGGGGAAGCUUUGAGUUGGUUCUACGAACUGCCGGCCGGUUCUGUAGGGAAUUUCAAGGAGCUCGCGGACAAAUUCUUAGCUCGGUUCAUCCUACGUACCGACGGGAUACACACCCCAAAGGGGCUACUGAAGGUUCAGCAAGGGGAGAAUGAAACAUUGAAAUCCUUCGUCAAUCGGUGGCAAGCGGCUACCACUAAGUGUCGGGACCUUAACAAGGAACUGGCUGAGCUGGCUUUCAGGAGGGGCUUAAGAGCCGUGGAGUUCCUCUACGGGAUCAAUCAUCAUCCCCCAGCUAGCUACGACGAGCUGAUGGCCACGGCCAUCAGACAUGCCCAGGCCGAAUUCGAAACAUACGGGGAUAACAUCAGACCAGAGCGGAGAACCUCUAACCCGGCUCCAGUGGCCAGGGAGGAGCCAAGAAAGCGGGAGUGGGCGCAUGAUCAAGGACGAUCACCCCACAACUCGAGCAAGAGAAGCAAAGAGUCCUCGUCCAGGUGUAGCGGUUACGUGACCACUCAAUCUCACCGCGAAGAUAGGGCACAGCAGGCCCUGCGAACACCACCACCACCCCGGUAUGAGGUAUUUACCAUCCUCAACGCUUCGUAUGAAACUAUUUGGAACGAGAACAAAGAUGAGAUACUUGGACCACCAUCGAGGAAGUUCCCGAAGAGUAAACUUACCCAGCAGGAUACCAUAAGGUUCUGUACAUACCAUGAAGAUGCCGACCACAAUACCAACCUUUGCAUGGCUUUAAAGAAUACGAUCGAAUCACUAAUUCAGAAGGGCAAGCUGUGA